UAUACAUACUUUUUAUUAUUUUCGAAUAGACAAUGGAGCAACUUCGCUUUGACGGUCGUGUAGCCGUGGUUACCGGAGCCGGUGGAGGACUAGGCAAGGCCUACGCAUUACUUUUAGCAUCAAGAGGAGCUAAAGUGGUAGUCAAUGAUCUUGGUGGGGGCAGGGAUGGCAGUGGAAAGUCAACUUUUGCGGAUGCUGUUGUUCAAGAAAUCAAAAGCAAAGGUGGUGAAGCGGUUGCUGAUUAUAACUCCGUUGUGGAUGGAGAGAAGAUAAUAAAAACAGCUAUAGAUAAAUUUGGACGUGUUGAUAUCAUAAUCAACAAUGCCGGUAUACUUAGAGAUAAAAGUUUCCCAAAAAUGUCCGAACAGGACUGGGAUUUAAUUCAAGCUGUACAUGUGAAAGGUGCAUUCAAAACUACUCAAGCUGCGUGGGAAAUAUUCAGAAAGCAAAAGUAUGGCCGCAUUAUCAUGACCUCCAGUAAUGCCGGUCUCUUCGGAAACUUUGGUCAGGCUAACUACAGUACAGCAAAAAUGGGCCUGGUUGGUCUUAUGAAUACUCUGGCCAUUGAAGGUGCGAAAUAUAACAUCAAGGUGAACACUAUCGUACCCACGGCCGCCUCUCGUCUCACCGAGGACAUCCUGCCUCCGGAGAUGUUCAAAGCUAUGAAACCUGAACUCAUCGCUCCCGUUGUGGCUUACAUGGCGCAUGAAUCUUUCCCGGACACUGGCAGCGUUGUUGAUUCUACUUUGGGUUUUGCCACCAAAAUGCACCUUGUGCGAUCAGAAGGAGCCGUUCUUAAGAAGAAACCAGCGGAUCCAGUGACAAUAGAAUCUGUGAAGGAGGCGUGGCCUCAAGUUGUGAACAUGAACAAUGCUAAACACAAGGAGAAACUAGCCGAAGUCACCGUUGAGUUGGUGCAAAAGUUACAGGUGAGUGCUAGAUAUAGUUAA